AUGCGAGCCGUGUACAAGGGUGAAUUGGUAGAAGGGAUUCGACAGGGCAAAGGAGAAUUGACCUUUGUAAACGGAGACAAGUACGAAGGUGAGUUCUUCCAAGGAUUCCGACAUGGGCAUGGGGUAUUGACCUCUCAUCGCGGCACGCGGGUAUACGACGGAGACUGGCGUCGGGGUGAACGGCAUGGUAUCGGCAAAGAGAGGUGGUUAACUAGUGGCGAUCGAUACGAAGGCGAGUACCAACACGACGUCUUCCACGGUAAAGGUGUGUUCACACGAGGAUCUAGUACAAGUAAAUACGAUGGGGAGUUCCAGAACGGUCGUCGCCAUGGAUAUGGUCGCAUGGAAUUCUCUGCUGCAGCCAACAAAAGCACAGAUUCCAGUGCUUUAAAGAAGAUCGUUGGUGCAAUGGCGACUGGAUCGGGUGCUGGGCUUGCCGUCUACGUGGGUUCUUGGAAAGAUGGUCGGAUGCACGGGUCAGGUAAAUAUACGCGUGGAGAUGGCAGCUUCUAUGAAGGUUCAUGGCGUGACGGACUAGCUCAUGGCUUCGGAAAGGAGCUGAUCAUGGCUACUGGCGAAAUAUACGAAGGCACUUGGCACGCUGGAUUUCGGCAUGGAGACGGGACUGUUACACGUAAUGGUUCGAGACGUAAGGGGUUCUGGGAAAUGGGUCAACGCAUCAAAUGGACAGCAGCAGAGCUUCCGGUGCAAAAGGGUAAGGCAGUCAAUACAAUGAAUACAUAA